AAAUUCACACAUAAAUCAAAGUUGUGACUUCUGUUUUAAUAUAUAAGAUAUUUUUUACAACUAAACAAACCCAUAAUUCCAUCUCUAAUUUGCAGAACAAAAGGAUAAUGAUGAGUUAAAAAUAGCGCGUGAUUUAUACGUAGAAUGUAACAAAGAUAAGGCAAUGAACAUAUGCCAUUGAACAUAUGCUCCAAACCACCGUCGCAUCACCACCGAUAUCCAAACAUGAAGAUUGCAUUAAGAAAGUUUAGAAGAAAACUUCUUCAAAAAUUAUAUAUUCAAUGUAUUAUAAUGUUAUCUUUUAUUUUAGAUUUGCAUUUGGUUGUAUGUUUUUUUUUUAUGUGUAAUGUUACAUUUUAUAUAAAUAAAAUCUAUGUUAAAAAUAAAAAUUUACAAAACCGUUGGAGGUAGUUAAAGCGAGCACUUUGACCAAGUUUUUUCCCAUCUUUCGAAACUUGUAGUGCGUUUAACUUAUGUAACCAUCUUUUUAAUCGUGGUGCAGACUACUUCAACCAUGCGUACAACUCAGAUAACCACAGAAGGUUAGACUGAGCAGGAAUCAACCCAACUUGUUCAAUUGUUGAGGUGUAUCAUCAUUCUCGUUGCUCUGUUGGUGUGUUUGACUUUUCACACUGUUGCAAUAAAACUUGACUUUUAGUUGACCAAGCACUCAUCUUGAUAUAUCUUUUGUUUUAGCUACUUGGCUUUGAUUAAUAACUUUUGUACAAUCAUGAAUAUUGGCAACAAUUUCAAGAAAUGGAAAACACGUCUUUUACGAGAGCAUCUAUAUAAAUGAUUAUUCACUUAAUUAUGGUUUCAUCUCUCUCUCUUUCUCUGACCUAAAGUUUGGAAUGACGAAUUACAGAACAUUAAUUUUUGUGGUGCUAAGUCUGAUAAUAUUUCUCAACGGGCAGAGCAUUUUUGUUGCACGAGCCGUAGCUGAGAGCAAGGUUCAUAUAGUAUAUUUGGGUCAGAAGCAACAUGAUGAUCCUGAGUUUGUCACAGAAUCUCACCAUCAGAUGUUGUGUUCACUUCUUGGAAGUAAAGAGGAUGCCCAUGGUUCAAUGGUAUACAGUUACCGACAUGGCUUCUCAGGUUUUGCAGCCAAGCUUACCAAGUCCCAAGCCAAGAAAAUAGCAAAUUUACCUGAAGUUGUUCAUGUCAUACCGGAUAGUUUCUACAAGCUGAAAACAACUCGGACUUGGGACUACUUAGGACUUUCUGCCUCCAGUCCAAAGAAUCUUCUAAAUGAAACUAAUAUGGGUGAACAAAUUAUCAUCGGCAUUAUUGACACAGGAGUAUGGCCAGAAUCUGAAGUAUUUAACGACGAUGGGAUUGGAUCGGUGCCGAGCCACUGGAAAGGAGGCUGUCAAUCAGGAGAGAUGUUCAACUCCUCCCACUGCAAUAAAAAGCUCAUAGGAGCUAAGUAUUUCAUCAAUGGCUUCCUCGAGGAGAACAAAAGCUUCAACUCUAAAGAAUCACUUGAUUUCAUUUCCCCUAGAGACCUCAAUGGUCAUGGCACGCAUGUCGCCACCAUCGCGGCAGGUUCUUACGUGCAGGACAUUAGCUACAAGGGCCUAUCUGGAGGGACUGUGAGAGGUGGGGCACCACGUGCUCGUAUAGCAAUGUACAAGGGUUGUUGGUAUCUGGAUGAUUUAGACAUAACAACUUGUUCAUCUGCUGACAUUUUGAAAGCUAUGGACGAGGCAAUUCAUGACGGUGUUGAUGUUUUGUCACUCUCUCUUGGCUCUGUGGUUCCUCUGCAUGGAGAAAUUGAUAUCCGCGAUGGGAUAUCCACCGGAGCCUUCCAUGCCGUCUUAAAGGGUAUCACCGUUGUUUGUGCAGGUGGUAACUCUGGCCCCGAGGCUCAAACAGUGACAAACACGGCGCCUUGGAUUGUCACUGUGGCUGCAACUACUCUAGACCGGUCCUUUCCCACUCCUAUCACACUUGGGAACAAUAAAGUGAUACUGGUAACUAUAUUGCAGGGUCAAAUUAUAUGUCUACUAAGAAAAUAUUCUGAUGAUAUGUGUCUUAUUUUGAGUUUGGUCAUUAUUUUACAGGGUCAAGCAAUGUACACAGGUCCAGAACUUGGCUUCACUAGCUUGGUUUACCCAGAGGAUCCAGGGAACAGCAACGAAACCUUUAGUGGCACUUGUGAGGAUCUUUCCUUGAAUUCUAAUGAUACAAUGGUGGGGAAAGUGGUCUUGUGUUUCACAGCAUCAUCUUCUAGUGGUUCAGUAUCAAGUGCUGCAGGUUCUGUGAAGAAAGCUGGUGGUCUAGCUGUAAUCAUAGCAAGACAUCCAGGCUCCGAUCUCGAACCAUGUUUAGAUGAUUUCCCAUGCGUUUCUGUUGACUACGAGCUUGGGACAAAUAUACUUCUCUACAUACGUUCCACAGGAUCUCCUGUUUUGAAGAUACAACCAUCUACAACCCUUGUAGGACAGCCCGUUGGUACAAAGGUGGCAAGUUUCUCGUCAAGAGGACCUAAUUCAAUUGCCCCUGCUAUUCUCAAACCGGAUAUAGCAGCACCAGGAGCGAGCAUAUUGGCCGCUACAACCACCAAUACCACCUUAAACGACGGAGGAUUCAUUAUGCUGUCAGGAACAUCAAUGGCAGCUCCUGUUAUUUCAGGAGUUGUUGCACUUCUUAAAGCUCUCCAUCCUGAUUGGUCUCCUGCUGCCAUUAGAUCAGCCAUUGUCACUACAGCUUGGAGAACAGAUCCAUUUGGAGAGCAGAUUGAUGCAGAAGGGUCGUCUCGGAAGCUAGCCGAUCCCUUUGACUAUGGUGGAGGGCUUGUGAAUCCAGAGAAAGCUGUAAAACCAGGUCUUGUAUAUGAUUUGGACCUCGAAGACUAUGUUCUCUACAUGUGCUCUGUUGGUUACAACGACUCGUCAAUCUCUCAGCUUGUCGGUGAAAGAACAACCUGUUCAAAUCCCAGACCAUCUGUUCUUGAUUUGAACUUACCUUCCAUUACAAUUCCAGACCUCAAAGAAGAAGUCACUCUCACGAGAACGGUCACUAAUGUUGGACCGCCCAGCUCAGUCUAUAAAGUAAAGGUCGAGCCACCAUUGGGAGUUCAAGUGACCGUGAUGCCAAAUAAGUUAGUAUUCAACUCUAAAACUAAAAAGCUCUCUUAUCAUGUCAGAGUCUCGACCAGACACAAGAUCAACACUGGUUUUUAUUUUGGAAGCUUGACGUGGAGUGACUCUGUGCAUGACGUUAUAAUUCCUUUGUCCGUGAGAACGCAAAUUCUGCAGAAUUACUAUGAUGAGAAUUGAACCAAAAAAAUAACUGUGAACGUGUAUUAAUACUGUAACCCUAUAUAUUUACACUGUGGAUCAAAGAUCAGUUCCUUUUCAAAGGAACCAAAAUGGCGUAUUUCAACCGGUCAACUAACACAUCGUUUUGUUUUGUCUGUAGAUGAAAGUAAAAACAAAUACUAUGUUCAAGGGAUUUUGAACCAUACGAUAGACACUCCCUUGACAAAGCACACUAACCACUAGCUGAUAUCUAUAUUAUUAAAAUAGAAGUACAAAUAAGAACUAUCCCUUGAAUUAAUUAAUGAACCUAUUAUUAAGUAAUCUUUGUCUUUUUCAAAAUUAAUAAAGUAAUAAUUACUCAUAAUCCUAUGUUUUCCAUGUCUUUUUCAAAAAUAAUAAAACAUUUUCUAAAUUGAAUUCAUAAUCAAUUCAAUAAAAAUCUUUUAUUUUAUAUAUUUUCAUAUCAAUAUUAUAAACAGUAUUGCCAUUAAUAAUAUACACAAAAAAUAAUAUACACAAAAAUUUUUUGUAACAAUAUUACAUUU